UACAUCAAAAUCAUAUUUGUCUGAUUCCAGCGACCACGAAUGCCUUAAUUUCGCCCCUCAAACUGUGCAAACAAUGACACAAAGUCGACCUGCAACUGCUCGUAGCUUCCAGUUUAACAAUAACAUUGUUGAAGUUGUUGGGAGUUCUUCAAGAAUGACACCCCAAACUCCUCACAAUUCGACGGCCUACAAAGAUCCCAGACACCCGUACAGCGAUGCUCUCGGGUUGGAUGCAGAAAUUAAAAAGAUAUCACAGACUCAGAAACUCUUAAGCAAUAUAAAGCCUGGGAUGAUGGUGGACAAUGAUGACGAGGAUGAUGACGAAUCUUUAAAUGAUGACACCAACCUCUCCUCUUUCAUGGACGAAGACGAAGAUGACUCCGGUUUCCUAUACCCCACUCACGAUUAUGGGGCGUGGAUCGACUCUGCCGUAGAAGAGGUGCCCUCUCCAGACCAAACUUUCCCCACACCACCAAUUCAUGAUGAAGCAGCAAUGAAGGACUACCUCAAACUUAAGGACAUUUGGGAGCUUCAAUUGGACAUCAAGAGGGGUCGGCUUGGAGAAUUUGUCAGUAAGAAUUGUAUGCAGCCGGGGAUUCAUAAAGCUGAUUCGUACAACCCGAAGGAUUAUUCUAAUCUCAAAGUCUCCCCGGCAGUUUCUCAACUCUUCAACUACAUUCGUCCCUCAGCGUUGUCUCCAGACGUCCAAGAGGUCAAACUAGCUCCCUUCAUUCCUGAUUUUUAUCCAAGUGUUGGAGACAUUGAUGCCUUCAUCAAGGUGUGUGAACCGACCAUUGACGAUGAUGGCGUCGGACUGAAAGCUUUGGAUGAACCAUCGACGAACCAGAGUGAUCCUUCCUUGCUUGACCUGCAGUUACGAGCUCUCGCUAAAAUGAAAUCGGUGAAAGCCGUGAUGGUGAAAAGUUUGGAAAAUGCGAGUGAGCAUCCUGACUUGGUGGAGAAAUGGGUCAAAGAUAUUACGCAACUGCACAGAUCUAAACCAAGCCCUUCUGUCCACUAUUCGAAGCAAAUGCCGGAUAUUGAGACCUUGCUACAAGAAUGGUCACCUGAGGAGGAGGAAAUCAUAAAACAAAUGAAAAUUCCCGAGCCAGACAUUUCCUGCAGUUUGGAAAACUAUGUCGAUAUUGUGUGCAACAUGCUGGAUAUUCCCGUCUACAAUGAGAAUAAGGUUCACAGUCUUCAUGUCCUGUUCAGUUUGUACGCCGCAGCUCAAGAGUUCAAUGAAGUUGUGGGUGUGGAUGUGCUCAAUUUGAGGGAGCAGCAAUUCGAAACAAGAGAUUCCAGGCAGCAGGAAUUUGAUCAAGAUAUGGAUGCUUUGAAGCUUAAUUGAGUAACUUAUGUAUGUCUCAUCAUUUAUAACAGUUUUAGGCCCACGUUAAUUGCAGGUGUUCCACAUUAAAUAAACUGCCUUGGCUGUACGCACUUAAGUUUGCACUUGACUCUUGAA